AUGUCGGAGGAACCUGGACACUUGGAAGCUGGACCCGAGUGCGAUGGGCUGGAAGUCUCUGCAGGCCAUUCAAGCGGUUCCGGCACCUCUGUGCAAGCUUACUCUCGAGCCUCCGCCACUAAGUCUUGGUUGGAAGCAAACAGCCUGCUGGACGGAAGGGGUUGCGUUGCCUUGGUCAGUGAUGAAGCGAUGCUCCUUCACGCCGGCCCAACCAAUCACCCUGAACGGCCCGCGAGGCUUGCAGAAAUACUGAAGCAGCUUGACUUGUCAGGCUUGCAAUCGACAUGUACACAAGUUGCAUCCCGAGAAGCAACCAAAGAGGAGUUGCUGAGGGUUCACACGGAGAAUCACAUCGAGCUUGUAUCCAAGUCUUCUUCAGUUCCAAAGAAGAAGGGCAAAGACUGGGGAUUGCCAUUCGGUCCUGAUACCUACGCGAACGAGCACACGCCGCACUGUACAUUUCUCUCUGCUGGUUGCUUGUUAGCCUUGGUCGACCACUGCUUGAGAGACACUGCCAGUGAGCGAUGCGGCAUGGCUAUGAUACGUCCUCCGGGCCACCAUGCCAGUGCCGAGAAGGCAUCUGGCUUCUGCAUGUUCAACAACAUAGCGGUGGCUGCGCGACAUGCCCAGCGUGAGCAUGGACUUCAGCGUGUCGCCAUCCUUGAUUGGGACGUGCACCACGGAAACGGAACAAAUGACGUAUUCGCGGACGACGACAGCGUCCUCUUUUUCAGCCUGCACAGAUACGAUAGUACGUUUUUUCCCGGCACAGGGUAUGCCGAAGAUGUCGGAAAGUCCAGUGCCAGAGGGUACAACGUGAACGUGCCUUUGGACAAGGGCUUUGGGGACCUCGAUGUAGCAUAUGUCAUGCGCUAUUUGAUCUGUCCAGUUAUCGAGAAGUUUAACCCGGAAGCCAUCUUCAUCUCUGCUGGAUUCGAUGCAGUCCACGGGGAUCCCCUCGGAGGGUGUCGUGUCAGCCCGGAAGGGUUUGGAUGGAUGACUCGUUGCCUAUACCGCUUGGCCAGGCACUAUUGCAAGGGCCGUCUUUUCCUGGCCCUUGAGGGCGGCUACAGCCCAGAUUUGAUCGCGCAGUGCACAGUGGAGUGCGUUCGCACCCUCCUGGAAGAGGUCCAUGAUCUUGCAGGACCAGAUGCGGACGACUUCAUACCUCCGGCUCCAUCCCCAAGCUGCAGCCUUCCCGGGACGCCUGCGAUGAUGCCGGUUUCGCCAAUGCUUUGUGCCAUGGGUACUUCGGAGGCUUCGCGGACAUCGACCCCCUCUUUCAGACCCGACGGCACGCCACCUGCUUCCCCAUCAAUGAGCAGCAAGAAGGCUCGUGGUCCCGCCAACAAGACAGUUCGAGUGGUGAGGAAGGCGAGCGAGCUGCUCCAUCUGCUGAGAUUGGAGGUGCCUUUGGCGCCACAAGGGGAUGGUGCCAGCAAGAGUGCCAAAAGAAACGAGCGCCGCAAGCAGCGCAAGAACAGUGGCGAGGAGGAUGCUGGUGCAUCUAGUGACUCAUCUGGAUGGGCCAUUGUGUGCGGAGGUGAGGCUGAGUUUGCCUUCAGUCCUGCUUUCAGGCCCAGCAGGCAAGUCUCUGGUGGAUCACACGCAUCCUAUGUGCCGGACUUGGAGCUUCCACCCGCAGUGCCAGAGACUGAAAAGCCCAAGAAGCUGGUCCAACCAGAGGCUAGCGACAACGCCACUGCAACCACAGAACAUGUUGCGUUCCAGGAAGAAGAAGUCGAAAAGGAAGUAGCCAACUUCGCCGGCUUCUGCUUCGGAUCCCUCCGCAAGUGGGCAAAAGGCCACCAGCUCAUUACCAUGGCCAUGGACCGGAAGCGCAUGAGCAUCGGGAAUAUCACAGCCCCUGUCGUGGGCACAAGAUCGAGCGGGACUACCGAAAGGGAGACCGGCAUUGCAGAGGUUUUUGAGCGAGCGAGAGAAGAGAAGACUCGAGCAGUCUAUGUGACCUCCAUCACCGACAGGGACUUGCAAGGCCGCCAGAGCUUCGCCGAGAAGGACCGAAUCGUACUGGUGCCUCCAGGCAGCGAUGAACAGGAGAUGGAAGACUGGGUGAAAGCCACAGUUGGCUACGGCUGCAGAAAGGGCUUGAAGCCAGAGAGCCCUAACCAGGACAGUUUUUCCUUGGUUGUGGUGGAGAAUGAUUUUGCCAUGUACGGAGUUUAUGAUGGCCAUGGUCCAGCAGGUCACGACUGUUCAGACCUGUCCCUGAGGAAGUUGUGCAGCGCCUUCUUGAACGAUCCGGAUCGUGAAAAGGAUCCAGGAGCUGUCCUGACCAAGGUUUUCCUCGAAACGCAGGAGGCCCUCAUGAAGCAAGGACAGUUCGACACGAGUGGGACAACGUGCACCAUAGUGUAUCACGAUCGGAAGUUGGACAAGUUGACCAUUGCGCACGUUGGUGACAGCAGAAGUGUGCUCGGUAAGAAGAAAGACGACUCGUCGCCAUGGGAAAGUCUGGAAUUGACAACCGAUCACAAACCAGACCUUCCAAAAGAAAAGGCUCGAAUAGAGAGCGCUACUCCCCCUGGCCGAGUGGUCUUUGAUGGCUACUACAAUCACCGUGUGUUUGCGCAGAACGGCAUGUAUCCAGGUCUCAACAUGUCGCGUGCACUGGGUGACAUCAUUGCGCACAAGGAGGCCGGACUCACAGCCGAGCCUGACGUUUGCGUGAUCGACCUCAAGGCAGAGCGCGAGAAAUACUCCAAACUAGUCUUGCUAGUUUGCACUGAUGGCGUUUGGGAGUUUAUUCUGAACAAGGAGGCCAUCGGAAUGGUCCAGAAGUUUCCGGACUGCCAACAGGCAGUUGACAGACUGAUGAAAGAGAGUUGGGAUCGGUGGAUGAAAGACUCAGACAAUGAGAUCACGGAUGACAUCACGGCAAUGUUGGUGUGCGGCAGCUGCCUUCGCGGGAAGGUAGGCCGCUGGAACACGGAGUGGAACUCUGCACUGGCUGUGUUGGUAUCCAGGGGCCACAACCUGACAGCCGCUCAACACGAGCUUGGAACAUGCCCCGAUGGGCAUCAAACCCAAGCCAUGAGACCAUGGCUACUGGCUGCCACGCUCGCAGUUGCUUGUGCCGACUGGAAGUGCACCGUCCAGGAGCAGAACCGCUGUGUCAUCAAUGCCUCGGCAGUGGUCAGCGGGCCGCUCGUGUUCGACGGCAACGUGCUGGUGACACAUCAAGCUACAGUGCGCUCUGAUGCAAGCUUCAGCAUAGAAGCGUCUGGAAACAUCACAGUGGAGAUGGGGUCCUCGCUGCAAGCCAAAGGAGACCUUUUGCUGAAUGCAACCGGCAUUUAUAUUGUUGGCUCCUCCGCCUCUGCAGCAGGGUCGCUUUCGAUCCUCAGCAGGGCGACAUACCAGCAAGGUGGUGUGAUCGGAAACAAGAGCCUGCAGGCGACUCUGAGGUCUCGCGACGAAAACAGCGACCCCGGCAUCUUGGUUGUGGACGCAGCACUGCAAGGUGGCAACAUCCAAAUGAACUGCAACCAGAGCAAAAUAUGUCUCCAGGGUGCAAACAAUCUAUCGGUGACCGACCCCACGCAGUCGUUGCAGAUGAGUGGCAAAGCGGUCUCCGUCGACUGCAGCAACUCAACUCUGUCGGCGGGAAGGAUCACAAUUGUGGCGGAGAAGGAUCUGGCCUUGGACGCCGCCAUUCCAGGCUUCAAAAAGAGCGACGGCAAGGGAAGUGAGAAACCUACGCAGCUGGACGUCACUACCCAAGGCCACAUGCAGAUCGGCAGCCAAAGCCUUACAUGGACCUUGGAGAGGCUGCGCGCGUCUGCUGGUACCAUGGUCAUUGCGUCCAGCAGCCGCAUCCAAACGGUGGGCUAUUCGACCUGCAAGCACACCGCAGACAGCGCAGGAGCGAGGGAUCGCUGCUUUCCAGCUUGGCCCACGUGGCCGGGAUCCUGGCCGGACUCUGUGGACGAUCCCUACGUCAGCUUCGACCUGGUGCUCCUGGCGCGCACCUCCUUGAAUCUGUCGAGCCACGCCAUGCUGUCAGGCGCGUCCUCGAUCCUUUGCGUGGCGGCUGGGGGCCUCUUUUUCGAAGAGCACAACAUUGUGGAUGUCUCGGGCCGUGGUUGCGCGGCUGGUCUUGGACGGGCCCCCGGCAACACGGUCCGGUCCAGUCCUGGUUCCGGUGGAGCCUACCUGGCGGGCGGAGGUACUCAUUUGGGCAGGGGAGGCUGUGGCGGUACUUUCGACACGCACAACGUGUUGCCAGAUGCAUCCACCGUCGGAGGGCCAGCCUACGAUCUCUACAAUCAGCGUUUCCUGCCGACAGAGGGUGCCUCCGGUGGUGCAUCUGGCCACCUGGGACCCGACACCAAGGAAGCGAGUUCUGUCAAUACUCCAGGUGGAACUGCAGCCGGCGGUGGGCUGAUCUGGUUGUCAGCAUCGAGUGCCUCGGGGAGUGUCACCUUUGGCAACUGGGUUGUCUUGAGGGCCGAAGGCUACCCUGGUGGAGUCGUCAGCAAGCAUGUGGCUGCCGGCGGGGCUGGUGGACAAAUCCUGAUCUUCGCAACCAAGAUAGCCACUGCGGACGAGGCUCCCGUGGUCAGCGUUGCAGGUGGCGCCGGUGCUUGCUCUGCGAGCGCAAACGUGCUAAGCGGUGGGGGUGGUGGUGGAUUCGUAGGGUUCAACUGGACAGCCACAUCACCGUUUCCGUCACAUGGCGAGUUGGUAGUGGACGUGGCUGGUGGCUUGAUGGGCAAUGACGGAUCUGGCACAAACUGCUCCUGGGUGGUGCCGAACGGUCAUGGUCUCAGGGAGACUUUUGGCUACGCAGGUCAGGCCAUGCCUCUGCGAGGCUGCAGCGCUGGCUAUGCGGGCCUCUUCUGUGACCCUUGCGAUGCCGGGUUUUGGAGCUCCGGGGGCCUCAGUGCCUGUCAGGCAUGCACGAACAAGCCUGCCAAUGGCAACUACACCAAGUCCAAAUGGCCCAACUCGAACUGUCCAUACUCCUGUGGUGUGGGGGUUCCGAACCGCAAGAGCAAUCCUGGCUGCCUGGAUCCUAUGGCCUACGCCCUCAGCUUCUUCGGUGGCCCCAAAGGAGUGCUUGCCAUCGUAAUCGCAAUUGUGACAAGCGCUGCCAUGCUCUUGUGGCGUCGACGGAAGUCGGGCGGCUUGUCACGUCCGCUGCUGGGUUUUGAUGGGCCUCCAGGAUCCUUUUCCCACUCCGGAGUGCACCCUGGGCGCGAAGACGGCCGCAGCGGCCAAAGUGGCAGCUUCUCUUUGUGUUGGGCUUCCUGGUUCUGGCGAUACUGUAGUCGCCGGCGCAGCUUGAGUGAUGGCGAACCUGCGCAGACGAGGGUCGUGCAGGUGCGGCACGCCUCGGAGUUUCAGAUGUCUCAGGAACAGCUGCCCUUCCACACCGGCAGGAUCUAUCUCCAGGGCGAGAACACCGGAAAAUCUCCUUGGUUCUUGAAGCUACAGGUGCCAGCGGCUUUGGAUGACAUGGUCAUCAGAGAGAAGUGGGAGCAGCUCGCGAGGUUGGUCAACAACGCAGCAAACAUCCCCAAGUUCCAGUCCCGUACACAGCGUGCGCUGGAGUAUCUCUACCCGCCUGCAGCUCCUCUGUUUGCAAAGUUCUGCAGAUGCAGGCGCGCAAGGACGAUAUUACCAAUGGUACGGGAGUUCUGCGAAGCAGAAAGGCUAUGGAGACCUAUUCGUCAAGCAGGUGGUGAGUUGCAUCUGCGGUUUGGAUGCAAUCGGAAAGCCACUCUGGCGUAUUUGGACGUCUUCGACUUUGCCAGAUCGCCCAUGGACUUUGCUCCUGUGAACUUGAGGAAAGAGGCUUGGCUGAUUCCGGUCCAAGGGCAGGGCACUUUCGACGAGCCGUACGAGGUGGAUAUGAGUGAUCCGCUCUUGCAGCGGCUGGAGCACACAGACCACGGUCCCACUGCAAUUCGCUCAGUUCUCUCCACGUUCAACCGCAUCGCCCGCCGACUUUUCAAGGAUGAGCUGCAGAAUCUGCAGAACUCCGACGGCGAAGAUCCUUUACAGCAGUUGCACGAGAAGGUGGAGCAGUGUGCCUCGCAGUGUGGGUUGGGAGGAUUUGUGCAAGUUCUGGCGAUUUGGCAGAGAGACAAGUUCCGAGGCGUCGAUACACUUAGCCGUAUGGAGGAUUCGGUGGCUGCGAGCGUUGUGAGAUCCAGCGAGCCUCAGGGAGCCAACUCUUUCAUGGACCUUCCUGUCGGUCCAGAGGUGACACAAGGCGAGCGGCCAUCUCCUCGGACGCGGCGAGAGCUCCGACUCUGCUUGGUCUUUACCGAGUUCUCCCUUCUUGCAAGUGCCAGCAGCAGCGACCUCGCGUCACUUGCGAGCCCUGCAGCAGCCCAGCCGACUUCCAAAGUUCUGACGACACCGAUCGCUCCAGAGGCGCUGAACGAAGCGUUGAGGAGCUCUGCUUUGGCAGUAGGCGAGGAGUCCUCGAAUCCCCUGGUUCCUGACAGCGCCGGUGGCUGGGGUCUGAAGAGGCCUUUGCUUCGAUGGGGAUACUCCGGUUCUGAGCAGACUGCUGCUAGAACUCUGGUGUCUUUGAUCUGUUUCCUGGCCUUCGAUCUCUUGGCUUUCUGCUUGAUCUGUGGGAUACUCUUCAAAACCAGCAUGGUGGCUGGCAUGGUCUGGGUGCUGCUGCCCCCUUUGGCACAGCCAUUUGCGUUUGUCGUGGGGAUUCUGUUCCUGCUAACAGAGGAUCCCGAUCUUGGUCGACUUUUUGCCAACCUGGAAAUCCUGGGCAUCUGGAACGCUGCAGUCUCCCUUGUGGUUCUGAUCUGGUUGCUGCUGCUGGACUCCCUGGUGUUUGACAUCCUGGCGAUGGGCAUUGUGAGCUGCGUCAAGGGCACCCUUUUUGCAGCGGCCGCAGCUCAAGUGAGCCAGCUGGAAGCAGACCGGGACUUGAGUUCGAUGGACAACCCGCAGAACGAGUUUGUUGAGCGCUUGUUUUCCAUACGUGACGAAGAAGAGGGCCCGCGGCGGUCACGUGCAGAAGAGGUGCGGGGCUCGUCGGCUACAGCGCUGUCUUUCAACUUCAGCACCCUUGACGAACUUUCCACGACUCGAGCUUCUGACAGCCGCCCUUCCAGCCAUUCCAUCAGGUCAGUGCACAGCCCCAGGAGCUUCUCGAAGCCACAGGUGCAGAUGCCAUCCCCCUUCUAG